AUUACUUGUAAAAAUAGGUUUCUAUGCUUUUCAUGCUCGUCAUCUUAUUUAGUUAGUGAUAAUGAUUUGUACAAUCAUUUUAUAAACAGUUAUUGUUUUACAUUACAAUAAGAGCCGAGGAACAAUGGAGAAUUCUGAUUUGAAAACAAUCAAAUAUGUGCCUCCUAUAUCAAAAGAUGAAAAGUCUCAACAAUUUAUACCCGAAAACGAUGAUGUAUGCGAAACAUGGUAUUUGCGAUAUACAGUGUUAACAGGUUUAUUUUUAAUCAUAUUCGGAGGAACGACUAUAGGAUGGUUUUCGCCAGCUCUCAUCAAACUGCAUUCCAAUAACACCGAGGAAAAUCCAAUUGGACGACCGAUAACAACUUUCGAAACUUCUCAAUUAUUAGGCAUAUCUGGAAUGGUAUCCUUGAUUGGCGCUCUGCUCUUACCAAAAUUAGCAGAUUAUAUUGGACGAAAAAAUGUAUUAUUUAUUACCGGAAUAACAAUGCUAAUGAGUAUAGUAGGAGUUGCUUUUGGAAAAUCUAUCAUCAUAAUUAUCACGUUCGAAUCUUGUGUGAAUAUUGGAUUCAUGGCCGUAUUAGCAGUUAUGCCCAUGUAUUUAGCGGAAAUAUGCGACAAUAAUAACCGAGCUAAAUACGGAUGUCUCAUGCCAGUUUGUUUGCCAGUGGGACAAUUAUAUACUUUCUUCAUCGGAUCAAUUUUCAGUUAUAAAAUGUUUACACUUCUGACAGCAGUACCAUUAGUAGUUUUUUUAUUACUUUUUGGAUUAGCGCCAGAGACUCCUGUUUACCAUUUGACAAAAAAGAGAGAUAACGAAUGUAGAAUGACUCUAAAGAAAUUGCGAAGUAACAAAUCUGCUGAACAGUUAGAGAAAGAUUUCAAUCAUAUUCGAGAGUCUGUAGAAGAAGCAAAAAAAAAUAAGCAGAAUAACUUCUUAAAAUUAUUUAAACGUAAAGAAGGUAGAAUCGGUUUAAUGCUCAGCUUACUUCCCAUCAUCAUACAAUUCUUUUCUGGUGUACCUGUUAUAAUGCCUUUGUUAGCUCCUUUAUUCCAAGGUUCGGGAUCCAGUGUAUCAGGCCAUACGAUUUCUAUUGCUGUUGGAGCCGUUAAGAUAGCCAUUUUCACGGUUCCAUUUUUCUUAGUAGAGAGAACUGGAAGAAAACCUCUUCUUAUAAUAUCUGCUAUAGGCGCCGGAAUAUCUGUAGCCGUUUUGGGAUACUAUUUUUAUUUGAAAAGCGUGAACUCUCCCUUGAUAACAAAGUUGCACUGGGUACCCCUAGUUUUUGUAAUUUUGUUUGUUGGUACAUAUGCUAUAGGUCUUGGUCCAAUACCAAUAAGUAUUAUGAGUGAAUUAUUUCUCUCCGAUCUUAGAUCAACGGCUAACGCUUUAACGACAAUUAUCACUAAUACUGUUCUCACAAUCUAUAUAUCUGCUUUUCCCUUUUUGCUUGAAAUACUUGGUAUCCAUUGGUGUAUGUGGAUAUUUAGUGGAACCUGCUUCAUUGGAGCCAUAAUGAUUCAUGUGAUAUUACCAGAAACCAGAGGAAAGAGUGUAUUGGAAAUUCAAGAGAUUUUGAGAAAUUAUUGAAAUAAAUAAAUAAUAAUAAAAUUGGGAAUUUUUAUAA